AUGCAUCCAUUUACAUAAUUUCCUCCAUUCUUCUAAUACUCUCAAACUUACAAUUAUCCUUGGACCUUUAUGGAGCAAUUCAACCAAUUUCGAAAUUAUUUCUACAUCAAUAAUAAUAACCUGUUGUUAAACUAUCAUUAAGCUUAGCCAACCAACCUGCUUUUUGAAGGAUCUUAGCAACCUGCAUCAAUGAUCAAACAAGAAAAUUCUGUGAUCUAGUCUAACUUUGAACCAGUAGAAAUUAUGAAAAACCUUGAAAACCAUAAAUCUCCCUUACCCUUGAAAAAAAGGCCGAAUAUUUCUUUCUCCAACAAUAAGCGCAAAGGGAAAAAAUCAACAAAAAGAAAGUUAUAUAACAUAGGUCAUUGGACCACAAAGGAGCAUAAUUUGUAUUUAAGCUUUAUCCAAACGAACAAGGACAUUAUGUUGAACUCAGACCUCAAGAAAUAGAACAAAAUAUUUAAAUAGAUGUCUAAUUUUAUAAAGACUCGAUCCCCCAGUCAAUGCAGAUCUCAUCACCAGAAGUUUGACCCCAAUGACCAAGGGUCAAACAACGCUUCUAAUUUUACCGAAUGCCAAGAUGUUGAGAACCAAGAAUGA